AUGAUUAUUAGAUAAGCUCAGCUAUUUCUAAGAUUGGCUCCUCAACCUAAAUAUUAUCAUGGAGGAUUAAAAGAUCAAGAUCGUAUCUUUACUAAUGUCUAUCGCGAUGGAGAUCCUUAUAUUCAAGGUGCCUUAAAAAGAGUAAGAAUAUUUAUAAUCAUAGGGUGAUUGGCAUAGAACAAAGGAUAUAUUGACAAUGGGUUAAGAUUGGAUUAUAGAUGAAAUCAAAAAGAGUGGUCUUAGAGGAAGAGGUGGAGCAGGAUUUCCAAGUGGUUUGAAAUACUCAUUCAUGCCAAAAGUCAAUCCAGAUGGAAGGUAUUUUAAUUAAUGCAAUUAUCAAUUAAAGACCUUCUUAUUUGGUUAUAAAUGCAGAUGAAUCUGAGCCAGGUACAUGCAAAGACAGAGAAAUCUUGAGACAUGAUCCUCAUAAAUUAGUAGAAGGAGCUUUAUGUGUUGGAUUCGCAAUGAGAGCUAGAGCAGCAUACAUAUAUUGUAGAGGAGAAUUCUGGGUAGAAGCCAAUGCCUUAUAAUAAGCAGUGGAUGAGGCUUAUAAAAAGGGAUUUUUGGGUAAAAAUGCAUGCGGUAGUGGAUAUGAUUUUGAUGUUUAUGUUCACAGUGGAGCAGGUGCUUAUAUUUGUGGAGAGGAAACUGUAUUCAUUUAAUAAUAAUAAUUAUUAGGGUUUGAUAGAAUCCUUAGAAGGAAAGCCAGGAAAACCAAGACUUAAGCCACCUUUCCCAGCUAAUGCAGGUUUAUGGGGUUGUCCAACUACUGUAACUAAUGUUGAAACUGUUUCAGUUUGUCCAACCAUUCUUAGAAGAGGAGCUAAUUGGUUUGCAUCUUUUGGCAGACCCAACAAUAGAGGCACUAAAUUAUUCUGUAUUUCUGGUCAUGUUAACAAUCCUUGCACUGUUGAAGAAGAAAUGUCUAUUCCUCUAAAAGAAUUAAUUGAAAGACAUUGUGGAGGAGUCAGAGGAGGUUGGGACAAUCUUAAAUGCAUUAUUCCUGGAGGAUCUUCUGUUCCUAUGUUACCUAAAGAGAUCUGUGAAACUGUUCUUAUGGAUUUUGAUGCUUUAAGAGAUGUAAGAUCUGGAUUAGGAACUGCUGCUGUUAUUGUCAUAGAUAAAUCUACAGAUAUAAUUGAUGCCAUCUUAAGAUUAAGUAAGUUUUAUAAACACGAAUCAUGUGGUCAAUGUACACCAUGCAGAGAAGGUACUUCAUGGUUAGUUGAUUUGUUGGAAAGAAUGAAAGUAGGAAAUGCUGAUUUUGCAGAAAUUGAUUAAUUAGAAGUAUUUGAAUCAUAUUAAAUUGAAAGGAAUUAACAUAUUAAAUAGAAGGACAUACUAUUUGUGCUCUUGGAGAUGCUGCUGCAUGGCCAGUUUAAGGAUUGAUAAGAUCUUAUAGGGAAGAAAUUGAAGAAAGAAUUGAAGAUUACCAUGCUAAACACCCAGUCAAGGCUAGACAAUUACGUAGUCAUCCUUAAUAAUCAAACCAUUGAU